GUUUCUACAUCCCCCUCUCUUGUUAAAUAAAAGUGCCACCACUGAAAUACGCCUGUUACUUCCUGCCUCGUUGGGUGUUUGUCUGUCUUUUUCAAAACCAUCAUAGAGCAUUUUCAUUUAAUGCAAGAUAUUGGACCUGUUUCCCAACCAACCCACCUCACCUGCCUGUCUACCAGCCCAGAUCAGCCCACAGUACCACUGCUGUUCACCUGCUUGUCUAUCUGUCCACGAUGAAGCUCAUCUUGACUCUCUCUCUCAUCUGCAUUCACUUCUGCUCAGUUACCUGUCCAGCCUCAAAUGAAAGAUGUCUCACUGCAACCAGAACCAUAAAAGGUCCCGAUAAUACCACCGUGGUACUCAAAAUGUGUUCACCAUCCUCCAUCUGUGUAACUCCUCUUAACACUGAAGUCACAGUGUCAGGGAACUUUGGCAUCAUAAGGGCUGCCUCUAACCAGUUCUGCUGUAACACCAAUGGGUGCAACAAUGAAACUCUGUCUGCCCCGAGUUCACUGGCUAAUGGAAGACAAUGUACCUCCUACAGCAGCUUCCAAGGCGUUGUGCAUAACAGCACUGUGGCCUGCCUGGGGGUGGAGGACCAGUGCUUGAGCUUCAGCAGCAAUGUACUUGGCUCAAUCAAUUAUAUGGUGAACAUCCAUGGCUGUACAUCUACCAACGUGUGCAACUAUAUUGAUCAACUGCUGCCCUCAAGUUACAUCAACUUUGUGCAAUUCACCUGUAACACAGCCCCUUUACCUGUAACUGUAACCAAAGCCCAUAACACAGCCUGGUCCAUCAGACUGAGCCUAGUCCCUCUGCUGCUGGGCCUCACUAUCAGCAAACUCAUCUGAUAUAAACAGAGAUGAACAUAUCGGGACUCAUAUGACAACAUAAUGCAUUGAUUACAAAACAACAGAAUAUACAAUGAUUUUUAUGUAUUGUGAAAUACGUACUAUAAUUGAAAUUCUGUUGUUUAUAUGGAAUUUGCCAGAUGAUGCCCUGUUACAUUAUAUAGUGUGCUUGCUUGAGGAAAUACUUUCUUAUAUAUUACUCUGUAUAUUUGAUAAAGUGUGAUUGCUUGUAAGUUUAAAACAAAUCAUCUCUGUCAAUGCCAAUAAAGUUUCUAUCACUUUACCAAAAUCGAAAUAAAGUGUGAUCUUAUUGUGAACGUAAACCAAUCACACAAUAUUUUUUAUUUUUUUAGGAAUUCAUGCUUAUUUUUUAACAGAUAGGGAUAAUAGCUAGCUAACACUCUUAAAUCCAAAUAAUAACAGAGUGUAUGGGAGAACCUAAUCAUACAGAAUGCUACCUUCCAAACAGAAAAUAAACUUAGACAGUCUUUUUUAUUUGACUUAGUGGAUUCAGUUUCUCUCUGCACUUCUUCUACAGAGGAGAGGAAAACCUGCCGGGGAACAGGAUGUGUCUAUAAAGGAGAGGAAGAGCUUAAGAUGAUCUGCAGAGAAGAUUGGGAGAAACUCCCCAAAUACAGGCGUGCCAAGUUUGGAGCUCACACCCAAGAAGACUCAAGCCUGUAAUUGCUGCCAAAGGUGCUUCAACAAAGUACAGAGUAAAUGGUCUGAAUACUUAGGUAAAUGUGAUAUUUCAGUUUUUUUUGUUAAAUAAUGUGUGAGGAUAGACAAUGUGGUUUAAAAUAUGGAGUGAUUACCAAAUAUAGUUUUUGCAACUUAACUGACUUGCCGAGAUAAAUAAAGGUUAAAAAAAUACAUAUAUAUUCUGUUACAGGGAAAGCUCACUACUGCCCAUGCUUCAUAAGUCCAGACCUCUUGGAAGAGGUUGUACACUAACAUACUGAGGAUACACUUAGGCCUAUUGUAUGAAAUACUGAACUGAUGCAACACAUUUUCAGCAAGACACCAAUUGCUGGGUCUCACCAUCAGCAAAAUCAUCUGAUGGGAACAGGUGUGAGCACCUCUACCAUCUGAGGCCGGAGAUGAGGAGCGCCCAGGAGUUUGCACUGGAGUUUAGGACCCUGGCUGCCGGCGCUAGAUGGAGCAACAGGGCCCUGAUCGAUCAUUACCGCUGUAGUCUACGUGAGGACAUCCGUCGGGAGCUGGCUUGCAGAGACACCGCCCUCACAUUUGACCAGCUGGUAGACCUAUCCAUCCAGCUGGACAACCUGCUGGCUACUUGUGGACGUCCAGAUCAGGGUCUGGUUGUUUCAUCCUCCUGCAUACCCUCUCCGAUACCCAUGAAACUGGGAAAGGUGCACAGGGAGACCGGAGGGGGUUACCGCUUGUGCACCAUAUGUGGCCGCAGAGGUUACACUGCUGGUCGGUGCCGGGUUGUUUCCUCUCAGAAUCGAGGUAGCAAGCAGAGCAUUCUGGCAUCACCCCAGGGUAUCAGCCGGUUCUGGCUCCUUGGCAUCAGUCAGACUGAGGCUCCUGCGGUGGACAAUUGGUCCCGGCGCGCGGAGGAAACCUGGGAGGCUGCCCACGUCCACCUUCAGAGCGCCAUUCUGCGCCAGAAAGUUGGCGCAGACCGUCACCGCAGUGAGGCCCCAGUGUUUGCACGAGGGGACAGGGUAUGGCUCUCGACCCGAAACCUGCCCCUCCGCCUGCCCUGCCGGAAGCUGAGUCCGCGGUUUGUGGGGCCGUUUAAAGUCCUGAGGAGAGUGAACAAGGUAUGUUGUAGGUUAAAGCUACCCACUAAUUACCGUAUUAACCCCUCGUUCCAUGUGUCUCUCCUCAGGCCGGUGGUGGCUGGCCCGCUUCAGGAGGCUGAAGUGCGGGAUGUUCCUCCGCCCCCUCUGGAUAUUGAGGGUGUCCCGGCGUACUCCGUUCGAUCCAUCUUGGAUUCGAGACGUCGGGCGAGGGGCCUUCAGUACCUUGUGGACUUGGAGGAGUACGGUCCGGAGGAGAGAUGCUGGGUUCCGGUGGAGACGUGUUAGAUCCUUCCAUGCUGCGAGAAUUCCACCGUCUCCAUCCGGAUUGCACUGUGCCUCGCCCUCCGGGUCGUCC